CUGCUUGACCUCUGAAAUCUUCAGCAGAUUGUUGAAAGAUUAGAAUGCCCGAAUCUGUUGUUAUCGAAGUCCCAGUGAAAUCUCCUGUCCAGGGGACAAAAUCCCCUGCUCAAGUCAGACUGGAGUCGCGUGCAAACGAGCCCAGAAGUCCCCUUAGUCCAGCAGCUUUGAAGCAAAAUCUGGAGAAUGCUGAGCUUAACCGCAAGAACCUGCUCAUGGCAAGAGCUGAGAAAUGCAGGGACAACUACUCGAAGGCGAAGGAGGUCUCAAUCACACAGAAAGAAGCGUUUAAUGAGAAGACGAACCUUCAGGCAGAGAGCAUCCAAAACAGACUUGCUGUUGCAGAAGCCAACCGGUUGGCUCAGACUGAGAAGUGCCUUGAGCAAACCAAAGCUAUGAACCAGAGGGUUCAAGAGGCUCAGAAGAAGCGAGAGGAGCAGAUCGCAUCGGAAAAAGAAGAGCUGGAUAAGAGCGUCUCCUCCUCCAAGGAGCGUCUUUCGGCUGCUGAGGAGAGACGAACCAGCAUGCUUCGCGAGGCUCAGGAGAAGGCAGCGGCGGAAGUUGCCAAGGCGAAAGAGCUCGCAGCCAAGAAGCAGCAAUCGCUGCAGGACAUGGACGAGAAGAUCAAAGAGAAGCUGUCAGCAGCUGAAGACAGGCGCAACAUUAUUCUCUCGGAACAGAAGGAGAAGGCAGCUGCUGCCUACAUCCACGCCAAGGAUGUCUCUGCUCAACAGCAGGCCAAGGAGACUCAGCUUCGAGAUGACCUCGAGAACAAAAUUCAAGCGAAACUUGCGGAAGCUGAGAACCGCAGACUUUCGGGAUCUCCAGCGAAGUUUGCCAAGGCUAAGGCAGAUGAGUCCAUUAAUUAAGCAUGCCGGGAUCAGAAGCUGCAUGAGAGGUUCUAUUGACACCCUCAGUGCGUCUUGUGAGAUUAUUAGAUGAUGCACUCAUGAAAGUCGGUUGCACCUUUCUUCUCAUGACUCAAGUGUGAAUCUUAAUCCAUCUAUUUCAUGGUUAUAAUCUGUGUUAACGUUGAAUAAACUUGGUGUACAAACUAGCUCACCUCCUUUAAUUUCCUUGUGACACCCUCACCAAUCUCUCUUCCCCUACCAGGAGUCGCCCCCGUUGGCAUCUGCUGCAGCACUGUACUGCUUGUGCGCACUGCCAUAGAGACCUUUGAUAGUCGAUAGCGGCAUGUUCACAGACGAGUGAUGAAACGCUCGCAUGUGCACAGACUGGCCGCCCCCGCAUGAAUUCCCAUAGGGUCCACAGGCGUGAAUGAGAUGCUUGCGAUUCUUGGCAGCAGUGUGAAGCCCCAUGGUUUUCGAAGAGCCU